AUGUCCCCAAAUAAUUCCAAGUCGGGAUUCUCUGUCCGCGAUAUUUUAGACCUCCCGGACACGAGCGAUGAAGGAUCGUUGACCGAAGACACCGAGGAUGAGGCGGAUGAAGGGCUUGCUGGAAAUCAGCGGAGCGCGUCCCCGAGAAAAGCGCUUUGGCUCGGAUCUCCAUGUGCUCACGAAUAUCCACCAGUAGCAUCCGCAUCUCCAGAGGAUUUAACUCCGGAACUGUCCACGGAUGAGUCUGUUGAUCGGGACAGAGAAAGUUCAGAGAAAAAGCGCAAAAGGAGAAUCCUGUUUUCGAAGACUCAGACGUUUGAGCUGGAGAGACGCUUCCGGCAACAGAGAUACUUGUCCGCGCCCGAGAGAGAACAUCUAGCUAAGCUCUUACAACUGACCCCGACGCAAGUGAAGAUCUGGUUCCAGAACCACCGCUACAAAGUGAAAAGAGCCCGGGCUGAGAAAGGAACGGACCCGUAUCUGCUCUCUCCGCGCCUGGUUUCUAUCCCCGUGCUGGUGAGGGACGGAAGACCGUGUCAUGUCCUCGGUCCUCAGGACAUCACUGCGGCGCCAUACAGUGCCUUUAACGUCAAACAGUUCCCUCAAAUUCAGCCCGGUCACAACAUCUGCUCCAGCUUCAUGUCACACCUGACACCUGUCAGUCAUCUGGGCCGCAUGCAGCCUUGGUCCUGGUGAAGAGCUGGGGACGCUUUUUACGCAGCGGAACUUUCGCUUGUGGACAUGUAUUUUUAAAACGUGUUUUCCCCCCUAAUGUUGGUUCAUUUUAUUUUUGAUAAAACUGCAUUACUUACCCUGUGACAUCACCAUCUCGCAAAAGCGCUGUUUGUAGAUAUAUUUAUGUUUUACUAUGUAUUGAUGAGCACAUUUUAUUAAUACUGGUCAAACGUGUUAUUUUCGGUAAACGCCGUUUACAAAUGUAUUAGUUUCAUAGAAUUUUC